CCACGCCCAUUAGGUUUGAGGGUUACACCCUCUAUCGGCCCGCCCUCUCCAUUAACCCCGCCCUGGGUUGCUAAGGAGAUGAGAGACGCAGAAUCUUGGUUAGUGUUGGCAGCUGGAGCAGCACAAGUGCAGAGGGAAAUCCUCUGAGGUCUUUACCUGGAAAACCGCCAUGGAGAAUUAUGACAGCUGCCAAGAAUGGUGCAGCAGUAAUCAAUACUGGCUUGAGCUUGGACCUACCGACUUACUGGAGCGUAAGGGCUCCCUGACCCUUCGUUCCCAUCACAAGAAAUACUCGAAGCCUGUGUUGGUGUCUUCCUGGCAUCAUGACAGAGAAGCUUAUCCCAAAGAUUAUGACAUAGAAGGUCCUGAGAAGGUAAAAAAUCUGUGCAGUUCAACAUAUUGUAGACUUGGAACUGAGGAACCCCCAAUUUGGAUAUCAGAGACACAUGAACAGAUGUCACAAGUUUAUUUAAACAAAGAAUUGGCUGAAAUAAAGAGUAAGGCUUUACUGAAUGAGGAAACAAUGAGCUCUGGGAUUAUUGAAAGGGACACCGGAUUGCCUGCAACAGGCUUUGGAGCAAUCUUUGCUAGACACCCACCAGAUCAUGACAAAAUGUGUACGUUGACAACAUAUGCUGAAGAAUAUGCUCCACCAUAUGAUUAUCAACCACUUGAUUAUCCUUGUCAAGAUGAUUAUUCAAUAGUCCACAGAAAAUGCCGUUCUCAGUUCACAGAUCUAAAUGGUUCCAAAAGAUUUGGUAUCAACACUUGGCAUGAUGAGAGUGGGAUUUAUGCUAACUCACAUGAAAAACAAAAACUCUACCCAUUAACGGGUAGUCCUAUUGUCCCCUUUUUAAAAUAAUUAAAGGAGUCAGAUUCUCUAUUGAAGAAAUAAUGGAUGUAACAAUUGAUGAUGUGUGUCUUAAUAACUGCGGUAUUGAAACGGUACUUUGAAAUGGAAAUAUUAUAAAAACAAAAUCUUACAUUCUAUAUUAAUGUGUGUA